AUGGAUAUACCCAGCAGUGGGGCGAUUUUUACGCUCGGCAAAUCCCAUCUGGCUGAGAACACACAAAGUUAUUUCUAUAUUAAAAACGAUCCGGUCAAACGCCUGAUAUCGGGUCCACAUCAGAGCGCCGUUAUAUGCGAAUCAGGACGUCUAUUUGUAUGGGGUGAAAAUCAGUAUGGCCAGUUGGGUAUUGGCGGUCACAGCGGCAAGAGUAGCAGCAAUAGCAGCAACAACAACAACAGUAGCACUGCUAAUGGGGACAUAGUCACGAAACCAACCUGUGUGAAGGCAUUGAAAUCGUUAGGCCUAAAAAUUGGAGAUGCUGCCUUUGGCAACAACUGGGCCGUCAUCCUCACACAUUCCAAUGAGAUAUUCUUCACCGGUCGCAACAUUUUCCCCGAAGAUACGCAUGUGGCCCAGCAUUUCACAAACGCGACUGUGGAGGGGGAGCCCUGCGCUAUCAUACGCAAGCCCUUUCGUCUGGAGGAAUUCGACGACUACCUAUCUACGAACGAGGACACCCACAACUUUCUAAGUGUGCAGACGGGAAAUGAGCACUUUGCAGUGCUCACCAGCAACGGCCGUCUUAUUGGCUGCGGUUCGAAUGAACAGCAGCAGCUGGGCGAACUGGAGGUCGACUACGAUGGUCAUCCGGUGGAGAUACAAUUGGAUGCACCCAUUCAGCAAUUCACCUGCGGUCCCGAGUCCACUCUAGUAUUAACAGCCAGUGGAAAUUUAUUUCUAACUGGCCGCCUCAACGAGUUUGUCUUUCCCAAAUUCACGGAGCUUCAGAAGAAUCUGUCGCAGUCGGAACAAAUCAUUUUUAUGCACAUCUCGAAGACCAGCGAGAUUUAUAUUGUGACCAAUGUGGGUGGCAUUUAUCGAAGCUUCGAGUCGGUACGCAACAAGAGUUUAGUCUUUCAACGCUUCUACGACUACGAUAGCGAAGAGAAUGGACCCAUUUGGAAGCUGCUGAAGGGUUUUUCCUUCUAUGCGGUCCUAACUAAGGCAAAUAAGUUUUUUACCACUUUCUCGGAGAGCGGUCAUCACUUGAAAACGUUUCGCGAAAUAUCAAAGUUUAAGAAUUUACGUCUUUUGGACAUUGCUGUGGGUGAGCAACAUAUUCUGGUGCAGGGGGUUCCACGCUCUACUACGUUAUCGGCGACCAUGGGACCGGGAGGUGAGCAUCGCUUUAUGAGUCAGAGUUUUGUUCUACAACCACCGGACUUGAAUGGUAAUGCAGAGCGUAGCAGCAGCGGCAGAGUCUUGAGCAAGCAAAAAGUGGUGGAUGAGGAGAUUGAGAAAUCAGAGGGAACGAUGCCGGAAACAACAAUGGAGAGCGUAUCGAAAAAACAGACAACUGGUGAUGAAAAGACAGAAGAAAAGGAAACUGCGAUUUCUAAUAAGUCAGAGCUAACUGAUAUCAAUGGCAAUGGGGAGAAGGCAAUGGAAGAGAACGUUCAGCCUAUCACUGUCGAGGAAACUCAGUCACCCACAGCACCUCAACUUCACGACAUAGAAGUGGGUGAAAAUGCAGACUCUGCAGGAACACAGAAAGGAGAUCAAAAAGAGGAACACGAGAAGCUAGAGAAAGCACCCGAAAUCGUGGAGACGCCGAAGCAGGAAGAAGCGCCACCAAAGUCAAUGGAAAGUGUUCCACCGGCCGCAUCACCCGUGCAACUGAAGCCAAAGGGAUCACCCACAGAUUCUACACAUUCUCGCAAAUCGGCGCGCUCCGCACAUUUUGAUCCAGCCACCAUGAGUGAGAAAAGCGAGACCCAUACGGAAAAGUUUGUUCGACCACGCACGCCUUAUCCAGAGAGCAGCAACUCUAGUACACCGCAGACUAUUAAAAAGACACCAAUGCGCAACUUCUCCUAUGAGUCAGCCAUGGAUCAUGACCAUUUGGAGCGCACCUCACCCGAACUGAUGGACAGCCUCGAAACGGUAGAGGAGAAUCCAACGGCAGAGAGCGACAAGAAAGAAAAGCACAUUAUAGAAGCCGUCAUAUCAGGCCCCACCCCUCCCACAGAAGAGGAUGAGGAGUUGGCCGUAGAGAUUACGACCACUAAAGAUGCGCUGGACAGUAGCAAAGUGGUAAACGAGAUUCGAUUCAUAAACAAUGGCAUCGAUGUGACGGCCAAUGUAGAGGAACAGCUACCAGAUACGUCAUUGGAGAACUCUGUGGAAGAAAUCGAGGCAGAAGUAGAGCAAACUCUUCAGGAAGUGGAGGAGCAUGUAGAAAGACUUGUCCAAACCAGCGAAAAUGUGGCCGAUAAAAUCGAGACGAAAGCGCUGGAGGCCCGAGAUGAAAUUCAAAUGGCUAUUCGGAAAGCAGGCACAGGAACUCUAGGUGCAUUUGAUGUCGUUAAGAAUGGCGCUAAGCGUAUAGCCGCCGGUGCUCGUGAUGCUGUCGAUGCUGUGGGCGACAAUGCUAAGUUCAUGGCUGGGGAAGCACGGGAAGCCGUCAAUGCAGUCGGCGAUAAUGCUAAGCGAAUAGCUGGUGGAGCACGGGACGCCGUCGAUGCUGCAGGCGAAAAUGCCAAGCGCAUGGCCAGCGACGCCGUCCAAGCCGUUGGCCAAGCGAGCAAUAAUGCUGUCAACGCAGUCGGUCAAGUAGGCAGCAAUGCAGCCAAAGCUGCAGCUGAUACAAAAGAAUCUAUGGGGAAGGCCAUGGGCUCCAUGGCUAAUAAAAUAUCGAAUGAGAUGCAUGGAGCCAAGGAGAACAUAUCUUCAUUGUUUCAAAUCAAAGCAGCCAAGGAGGCGGGCACAACGGCUCCAGAAUCAACACCUCGUAGUUCCGAAGAUGACGACAAUGACAAGGAGGGAGCACCCAAAACGACAACCACCAUCGGCUCCGUUGAGGAGGAGGACGAGCGCACAACAGCCUCAGUCAACUCCAACCACACCUCUGCCGGUGGCGGCAAUGGCAAUCAGUUCGAGCCGAACAGCAAUAAUACUCAGCCCUUUGUCGAUUCUCUUGACGCAGUGGUCGAGCGCAGCAAGAAAGCCAUGCAAGACGAUCUGCGUGCCAUGGAGCAACUUGCGCAGUCGCGUGCGAACUCGGUUGUGCCUCGUUCGGAGCAACAGGCAGAACAGAGCAAGGGAUUAAUGCGACAAUUCUUGGAUGGAAUGCGCUUGUCAUGCCGCAACGAGAAGUCCAUACAAAUUGAAGAUGACCAACAACAACAACAGCCGCACUACAACAAAAACAAAGUCAACAGCGAGCUCAGUCUGCACAAUGGCCACAAUGGCGAUCAACAGUCAUCGCGCGUGUGCACUAUUUUAUAAGAAACAGC